GUCUGUUUUCCGGGGUAAAUGCCCGCUGUAUGUCGUGUCUGGACUCAAAUUCAGCGAACAACACCGACAGACGCAUCAUGUCUGAGAUAUUGUGUCGGUGGCUCAACCAGGAGCUGCAGCUGUCCAGAGUCGUUGAGCCAAAGACUCUUGCUAGAGAUUUCUCCAAUGGUUAUCUGAUUGGAGAAGUUCUGCAUAAAUACCAGCUGCAGAGUGACUUCAGUCUGUUCAUGAAGAAGGACACCUCCAUCUCCAAAGUAAAUAAUUUCACCCGCCUUGAGCCAACGCUCAAGCUUCUGGGGAUCUCCUUCAACAUAAAUACAGCCCAAGACUUGAUGCAGGAGAAGCAGGGUGCCGCUACACACCUCCUUUACCAACUCUAUGACUCGCUUGAAAAGAAGAAGAAAGCAGAACUCAGUGGAACCAUGAUGGAAAUAAUGCAGCCUGCUGCCAUUGCAAAGCUGCACAAAAAGGAGCAUGAGAUCUACUCAGAUAGACUACAUCAAGUUGUGAGACGUGAUGCAGAAACUAAGCUUCAGAAGAUUUCGCAGCACUAUGAAGAAAAAUACCAGCAGUUGAAUGACAGGCCCGUAAACCACCCGAUUCAGCAAAAGAGAAAAAAGGUCCAGGAUGAGAAAGGAAUGAAAAACACUGACAAGGCCACAUAUAUGCAGUUGCCAAGGCCUCCUCCCUACGCUUCACAUCUCAGUCUGAAGAAACGACAGCAGCAGCAGCAGCUCCGGCGCAAAGAACAGCAAGCAAAGGUUGUUCAAGAUGAAAUAGCUCAGUUUGAGACAAACAGAAGGAAACUUGUUAUUUCUAGUUUUUCUUCUUCUCUAAGUUCUAGUGGUCAUCCCUUUCCUCCAAAUGAUCCCUUUGGUGGCAGCAGCCAGGGCUGUGAAGUCCCUGGAGGUGAAACUAAGCUGAUCCUGCAGUCCAACAGCAAGUAUCUGCAGGAGAUCCGACAGAGGCUCGAGGAAAAUGCUGUGGCCUGUGAACAAAGACAAAAAAGAUGUGACAGAUUCCUGGUGGAGCAACUCAAAGCCCAUGAAGCUCAGGAGGAGGCUAGGCGAGACGAGCAGCUGGUGAAGCGUCUGACGCGUCAGACUCGGCAAGAGCAGCGCCUGGCGGCUCAGCUUCUUCAGAUACGUAUGCAGAAGGAAGUGAUUGUUAAGAACCGCCUGUUCAGGGAGCAGCAGUACCAGCAGCGCAGAGAGAAGGACUUCCAGGAGGCUCUGGACAGGGAGGCGGCUUUGGCUCAGCAGGCUAAGUUGGAGCGUGCAGAAGAGAUCAGAAUGGAGCUGGAGUUCUGUCAAAGGAUGGCCGCUGAGCGAGCACAAGGCAGAUACAAAAAGCACUUCAAUAUCUGCAAGGACAUUUUGGAACAGAUAGUGGACUUGGCAACCAAGAUGGGGGAGUAUCGGCUGCUCACUGGGAAUCUGAUUCCAGAGAAGCAGAUGAGAGAGUGGAAGGAGUUGUUGUUCAGUGGUCUGCCUCUCUAUGAGCCAGAAACAGACCACCAGUGCGACACCUCUGCUCCACUAGACCCUGUAGAGCUUAACAAGCAGGAGAUACUCAACAACAUGGACUAUGAUGAAUAUACUGAUAUGGUAGGUGAAUGGGCAUGGCGAGAGGAAGCAGAGGAGAUGAAUUUGCCUCUGACCAACAACAACAUCCUUGGUCAUGUUGUCCACCGGCUGAGGAGCAUUCUGCAUCCACCCACCAUCGAAACGUCCCCACCUUUAUUUCCCCCCUUCACCAUCAAGGCCUGUGCCCUGGGCAGACUGUGUGCAGCACAGACUGCCUGUCUGUCCAAGACUGCUGAAGGUCCUGAUACUGAAGGGAGAACUGAACAUAGUGAUGAAAAAGCUAUGCUGGGAGCAGCAGCAGCAGAAACCCUCAGGAAUGGAAGCACAAUCUCUAAUGAGCUUUUAGUGGACAUUAUAGUCCAGGCCAUCUGUACUCGGGUUCCGGCUCAGUCAGGUUGGAUUCUGAUUGGUUAUCCGUUGGACGUCACUCAGGCUCACCUACUAGAGAAAGCCCUGGGUGGGUCUGUAGAUCUGGGGAGUGGAGUUGUUGACAACAGGACAAACCUUGCUGCUGAUCCUAAUCCACCGAAGCCUCCACCACCCACUGCACCCGUAUUAGACGUGGCUCUGCUGCUGGACAUCCCUGAUGCUCAAGUGAUCACACAAGCCGUCAGUCAGAUGGAUACAGAUCCUGCUGCUGCUGCUGCUGCUGCUACAGCCUCCCCGACCACGGAUCAGCUCAUAUAUAUGGCACAGAUUACACAAAGGACCAUAGAUUUUCGGGAUACUUGGCCAGAAUUAGAGGAAUGGUUUGGAAAAAAGCAGGACAUAUUGGUACGCGUCGACGCUGAUGUAAAAGACGAGGAGCUCUGCAGUAGGAUUCACUCUGUCCUGCAGCAAGUGAUGCAGAAAAAAAAUAAAGCUCCUCCGACUCCUCCUGCUGAGGAUGCAGUGCCAGAGAAUGUAGAAACUCCUGGGUCGUCUUUGACUGCAUCAGCUCCUGUUGGCCAAAGCCUCAAGGAGAAAAAUGUCCAAAGCGUGACGUCGCUUUCCACAACCAACCCACACUCCCCGAAAGAACAACUAGAACAAUCAGGCAGCGCAUCGAUUACCUCAGAGUCCAAAGAGGAUUCUCAAACAUUUAACAAAAACUCUUCCAGUUCUGCCACAUCCAGCCAGGUCUACAUGGACGACCCCCUUCCUCCAGAGAUUCCGAAGCUCCUCUGUCCAUACUGGGACGCUGUGUGUGAGUCUUAUGUGAACAAUGUCAAGAGAGUGAUGGAGCAGCUACGCUCACAACAAACCCUGAUCAACAACCACCUCUUCAACUUCAGGGGAGGGUAUAAGCAUUAUUUGGAUCGUCCAGACUUGAAGCAGGAAAUAGUGUCUCACUGGCAGAAGGACUUCAACAGUUUCCAAGAUGACUUGAGACAAGAUGAGGAUACCAAAGCAGAGCUACAUUUGAGACUGGACGAACUUCGAGAACGUUUGUGGGACAUCAGUGACAAGCGCAAGGAAGAGAACGAGCAGGAGAAAGCGUCUCUGCUGUGCGACGACUGGUUGGAGGAUCAGUCGACCUGUCUGAUCAACCAUCACUGUGUGCUAAUGCAGGUGGAGUUGAACCGUUUUCAAGAGACACUCUGUCUUCUCAGAGUCUACUAUUUGGGCAUGUGCAGUCAGACGCCACCUGAACUGCCCUCCAAUUUUGUCUACAUACCACUAAUCGACUCCAGAGGAGCAACGGAUCAGGAUGAGAGCACUCCUCUCGUGAAACGUCCCAAAUCCAGUGCAAAGGGUUCCAAGACGAAUCCAGUUAAGCCACAUGAGGAACUUGUCAAUGACUACGAGGAAGCAGUCAAGGCCAUCGCUAAAAUGGUUUCAGCAGAAGCCCACCAGAUGGAGACAAAAGAGCAGAAGGAGAGCACACAAGAGAAGGAAGAGAAAGACAAGAAGAAGGAGUCUGCAAGCAAAAGCAAAACGAAGAAACAAAAGCAGUCAUCCCAAAAACAGAAAGGUCCUUCUUCUCCAUCUCCAGCAUCCAGCCCUACACCGGUUGAGGACAAAACCUUGGAGAAGGCUAAUGGUCAGGAAAUUAAGAACAAAAUACUCGAAGAGUAUGCAGCUGCGCUGAAUCACGAAGAGAAUGCAGCAAAGGCUCGGAUAGCGCUGGUGAAAAGUCAUGGUCUGGUGAUGGUGGAGUCCCUGCAAUGCAGAGCUCAAGAGUGUUUUAGCGCCAUGGACGAGUGGUUGCAGGCACGCUACCUCGCAGAAAUGAAGAGUAUUGACCAGCUAGCAGAGGUCAUUGGCCACCACAUUGAGGCUGGCAUGGCGCUGCAGAAUGAGCUUGUAUGGGACUGUUCUGACUUCUAUCUGAAUGGAGACUGCCACGUGGUGCAGAGGUCACCCCUUGCCACAAAUCCACCUUCUCUGGAAAAACCCACACUUUCCCCUUCAGCCACUGCUCACCUACACUCACUUUUCCAGCAGCUGUGCACCGUUGCUCCAUCAGAAUCAGGCUUCAUGUGCAGUUCUGAAUUCUUCAGUUUUCUUGAAGAUCUUGUCUCUGCUGACCUGAGCAAAAACACCUUGCCAGAGAUUUGGAUAGACGUGAAUGAAAUGCAGUUGAUGGAGAUUGUUUCCUCGCUGACCAAUGACCGUAACCUGGUAGACUGGCGUCGUUUUCUGCUCAGCGCUGCUCUUCCUUGGCCUUUUCCCAGUGUAACACAGCUACUGGAUGCGCUAAAACAUUUCAAGGAAGCUGACACUGAACACACUGGUUACAUAAAUGAGGUGCAGUACUCACAGACAGAGUUGUGGUUUUCCACUGAGAACAUCCAGACAGUUUCUGAGGAGCCCUCUGAGAUUGUACCUCAUGACCGUCUGGCUGAUCUACCCAAGUUCAUUUUCCGACUGUUUGCGGACCACACCAGCGCUCCUCCUCAGCUGGAUUACGUCUCCAUGCUGCAGUACUUUGCAGCUGACUCGAACCCCAGACAGGGUUUCAUCAGAGCGCUCAGUGUUGUUCUGGGACAACAGAUUAAACACUCUUCUCUGAGCCAUCUUGUGAAGUCUAUGCCCAGCAUUGAAGAGACCGCUGAGCUUGACGGAGACCUCCGUAAAAAAGACGCCCUAUAUGCAUCGACAGGACCCUUGGGCGAACAGGAAGUGUCGAUCCCUGCUCUUACUGCAGUGAUCUGCCACAGCUUUCCCAAGAUGAAGGAAAGCAGCCUUACUGAUUGCCCAAGUCAAGAGGAAUACACUGAGAACCUCACACAGAUAUUCAGAGAGCUGGGAUAUGACUCCGAGGGCGGCGUUCCCUUCUCCAUUCUUUCACAGCACCCAUUCAUCCAGGCGCUCAUGGAGGAAUCAACACAGUACCAGCUUGUAAAUAUUCAUAGAAUUUUACUGGCACAUCAAGAUGAAGAAGACAACACUUUGACAGUUUAAGGCUGUGGCAGAGUGACG